UUCCAGAGAGGGUCUGGGGGCUGUGUUUGGAUCCGGAGAGGGUCAGGGGGCUGAGAUUGGGUCUGGAUUGGCUUGGACCAGGUCGAGGGGCUAGGCUAGAAUCCGGAUUGGGUCGGGGGGGCUGAGAUCGAGUCCAGAGCGGAUCGUGGGGCUGGGAUCUUAUCCGGAUCGGGUAUGAGGGCUGGGAAAGGAUCCAGAUCGGUUCGGGGGCUGUGAUCAGAUCCGUCUCGGCUCGGACCCGGCUCGGAGGGCUGAGAUUGAAUCCGGAUAGGCUCGGAGCAGUUCGAGGGGCUGAGCUCGGCUCCGGAGCGGGUCGGGGGGCUGGGAUCGGGUCCGGCUCAGCUCGGUUCGGAGCGGGUCGGGGAGCUGAGCUCGGAUCCCUAUCGGCUCAGAGCGGGUCGGGGGGCUGGGAUCGGAUCCGGAUCAGCUUGGAGCGGGUCAGGAGGCUGGGAUCGUGCCCGGCUUGCCCCGGCUCGGCCCGGGCCGGGGGCUGCCGGGGGCGGUGCUGCCCGCCCUGCCCCCGGUGUCGGUUUGCAGCUCCUCCUCCUCGCCCCGCAUUCCCGGGGCCCGCGGGGCCGGAGCGGGCGGCGGGGCCGGACCCCACGAUGCCGCAGCUGGAACCGGCGGCAGGGGGGGACGACCUGGGGGCCCCCGACGAGCUCAUCGCCUUCCAAGACGAGGGCGAGGAACAGGACAAGGGCGCGGGGCGCGGCUCGGCCCACGGGGACCUGGACGAGCUCAAAUCCUCCCUGGUCAGCGAGACCGAGAACCGCGGCUCCGGCUCCGGCUCCGACUCCGAGGUGGGAAACGGGGGCUAUCGGGGGGGGUGCGCUCCCCGGCCGGCCCCGCUCAGAGCCCUCUCCCCGCAGGCGGAGCGGCCCCCGCCGCCCCGGGAAAGUUUCCAGAAGCCGCGGGAGUACUUGGCUGAAGUGGUCCGACGACAAGAUGGGGGCUUUUUUAAGGGCCCCCCCUAUCCGGGCUACCCCUUCCUGAUGCUCCCUGAGCUGGGCAGCCCCUACCUCGCCAACGGAGCCCUCUCCCCCGGCGGCGCCCGCACCUACCUGCAGAUGAAGUGGCCGCUGCUGGACGUGCCGGCUGGCGCCACGCUGAAAGAUAGCCGCUCGCCCUCGCCCGCGCACUUGUCAAACAAGGUCCCAGUGGUGCAGCACACGCAUCCCAUGCACCCACUGACGCCACUCAUCACCUACAGCAACGACCACUUCUCGCCGGGCUCGCCGCCAGGCCACCUCUCACCAGAGAUUGACCCAAAGACGGGGAUCCCUCGGCCGCCACACCCGUCUGAGCUGCCCCCCUAUUACCCGCUGUCGCCAGGAGCCGUGGGCCAGAUCCCGCACCCGCUGGGCUGGCUGGUGCCACAGCAAGGCCAGCCCGUCUACUCCAUCCCUCCCGGCAGCUUCCGUCACCCCUACCCUGCCCUCGCCAUGAACGCCUCCAUGUCCAGUUUGAUGUCCAGCCGUUUCUCCCCACACAUGGUCCCACCACCUGCCCAUGGGCUGCACCCCUCGGGCAUCCCGCACCCGACCAUCGUCUCACCCAUCGUGAAGCAGGAACCCACCCAGCCCAGCGUCAGCCCCGGAGGCAACUCGAAAUCCCCCGUCACUGUGAAGAAGGAGGAGGAGAAGAAACCCCACAUCAAGAAGCCGCUCAAUGCUUUCAUGUUGUACAUGAAGGAGAUGAGGGCCAAGGUGGUGGCUGAGUGCACGCUGAAGGAGAGCGCUGCCAUCAACCAGAUCCUGGGCCGGCGGUGGCACUCACUCUCACGGGAAGAGCAGGCAAAGUACUACGAGCUCGCCCGGAAGGAGCGGCAGCUGCACUCCCAGCUCUACCCGACGUGGUCUGCGCGGGACAACUACGGCAAGAAAAAGAAGAGAAAGCGAGAGAAGCUGGCCCAGCAGCAAAGCCACGACACGGAGAGCUCACUGGCUUCCAAGAGCAAGAAGCCGUGCGUGCAGUACCUGCCGGCUGAGAAGCCUUGUGCCAGCCCCGCGUCCUCCCAUGGCAGCAUGCUGGAUUCACCCGCCACGCCGUCAGCUGCCCUGGCAUCCCCGGCCGCGCCGGCCGCCACCCACUCAGAACAGGCUCAGCCCCUCUCACUCACCACCAAGCCGGAGACCAGGGCUCAGCUCACUGUGCAUUCAGCUGCCUUCCUCUCGGGCAAAGCCACCUCUUCUUCCUCCUCCUCUUCUUCCUCCUCCUCUUCGAGCCUCGGCAGCCCACCCUCGCUCCUCUCCAGACCCAUUCCCUUCACCUCGGUGCCCUCCACGGCUCUCCUGUCCUCACCUCCAUCCUUCGCGGCCGCCAUCUCGUCCCCGCAGGCUGCCCUGGCCGCGCUGCAAACGCAGCCCCUUUCUCUGGUCACCAAACCUGCUGACUAAGGGAAAAACUCAUCCCCCCACUUCGUCCCAUCCCGUCCAUCCCCUCCCUGCUGUACGUUGCAGAAGCCACAAUCAAGAUUCAAAUGCAGCCAAACCCAUUAUUGGUCAAUAUUUGACCCUUUCUGAACUCUUUUGUAAGCAGACUCUGCUCAGAGCUGCUACCAGCAGUCAACCUAAAGACGGUUUUUAUUAAAAAAAGGAAAAAAAAAAAGGAAAAAAAAAAAAGAAAAGAAACCCUCCACAAGCUGCCAAUGAUGGAAAUCUCCCAUGAGCUGACUGUGCGCACAAACCGAAUGCCUGUUGCUGCCACAGGGUGUGGUGAUGCCAACAGUCCAACCCUCCCAUGCCAGCACUGAAUGCAGGCGGUGAGGUGGGACCAGCGCUCCAUCCCAGAGGCGAGAGCGGGAUCGCCGGUGCCUCAGGAUGCUCCCAAAUCCUCCCGUCCCACGGCUCUGCUCCCUGCCACGGUGAUGGCAUUUGCUCCAUCCCAGUGAGGAGCUGGAUCCUGCCCUGAGGAUGCUGCGCCAGCAGCCCUGCUCCUUCCCACGGUGGUGCUGGGCUGGGCAGGAUCCAGGGCUGAGCCCUGGGUGGGGUUUUCUUUUUUCGCCUUAAAUCCCUGUUAUUUUUCACAAAAGGAAAUAAAACUACAGCUGCAACUCGCUGCGUGAGCGUGGUCAGUGGGGGAAGCGCUUGCACCUUGCCCAUCACCACCUUCUCCCUGCCGGUGCCUUGGGAAGCAUCCUGGGUGGGGCUCCAAUCCAACCCCAGAGCAGGACAAGGGGCCAGCGUGGUCCCAGCUUGAGAACAUCACACAGGUUUCAUUCUGAGGUGGUUCCUGCAGUUCGUAGUCCUGUUUCCUUACCUUCCCAAAUUUCUUGGCCAAUUCCUAUUUCCCAGGACCAAGUUCGGCUCCUCCGCCUGCACCACUGCUGCUCCGGGGGCACUGUGGUGUCCUCCAGCACCAGCCCACGGCGAUGGGCAACAUCCAAUGACGGGCUGAGCCCUUCCUGCAUCUGCCAGCCCUCUGGCUCCCAACUUGGUGGGUGCUUUUGCUCACUUGGCAGGAUAAAUGAUACCUUCUCCUCCUCUUGUGACAUUUCUCUUUCCCUUUCCAGCACCGAGCCAGUGUGGGAAGGCACCAGAGAAGCAUUUUCAGCAAACUGGAGCAGCAGCAGAUGUAGAGGGGACCAGGGAACGUCUUGGUGUCUUAGUUCUCAAGGAAGACAGCAUCUAUGUUUACCAGAUGUUGUGUAAGAUGAGCGUGUGCCAGGGGAUGAGGCUGGCAUCUGUAACCCCAGCAGAUAACACUUGGAUUUAUGGAUUUUUAUUUCCAUAGUGGAGCUGGGCGGAACUACCAAAACAUGGACCCAAGUGGUGCCCCAGCUACAGACGAGAGUACAGCCUGGAGCCUUUGCAUGAACAUCGAGGACAUAUUCAAAGCAAACACUGGCUCCCAUAACCUUCUGGAAGCCCCAGCUGAUUUCUGCAAACAGUGAGGAUACCUACAGUAGGAGCACAGCUUCUCCCAUCCAGCUGAGGAUUGUCUUCUGGACUGGAAGCAACAGCUUAAAUUCACAGCUACAAGUGCCCCAGUAGGUGGCAGCCCUCAAAAUCAUCACUUGAAGAUGACCCCAGCUGGUUGAGAGCCUCUAGCAGCAAGAGGAGCCUGCAGCAGAUGCAGCUCAGCUUCUUGAUGACCAUCACCAAAGCCUCCAAGCAUGAGGAAGUGCCUGGAGCAUCUUUAUUCACUGUCGCACCCAAGACAGCCCCAAACUCGGCAGGCUUUAUUCACUGUCGCACCCAAGACAUCCCACACUCAAAAUCAUUUAAGGUUUGUGCUUUAAAAUAAGAAAUUUGUAAAUUUG